UUCAGUUUUCAAGUGUUUGCCAUUGAUAUUACGGCCCACACAUAGCAACUACAAACUGGCAGUUGGCAACUGGCAACUUGCCACCAGCAACUUGCGGCUUGCAAGUAAAAAAAACUAAACAGCAAAACAACUCAUGCCCACGUGUCCGGUCAGCAUGGCAUAUGGAUGGGGAUUCAGCUUCGUGGUCCUCUGUCUGCUGCAUAUUGCGCAUACGCAGCGUGGUCCGGCUGGGCACAUCGAGUUUUACAGCGAUUACGGCAGAAAUCAUGACGAGGAAAGGCUCCACUACUCGCAUCAGUACCACAUCUCCGACGUGGCCAGUCGGGUGCACAUCCUGCACCGAGAGCAGCGCCAUGGUGACUACGUUUCCGGAUCGUACUCCCACCUGGAGCCCAGUGGACACAUUCGCAGUGUGCACUACGAGGUGCGAGGAGCCAACCGGGGAUUCAAGGCCGUUGUUGAGCAGCGAACCGGGAACAGUCGGGUGCACCAGACGCUGGAAUUCCGGAGCAGGCAACCAAUCCGGGCUCUGGCAAUAGCCGAGCCUGUGGCAUUUGUGAUUUAAGGCGUCCAGCGGCGUAAAACCGGCCAGUUAAAGCAAAAAAGCGACAAGCGAAUUAUUUGCCUUGUUUUACGCAGCCGUAAAUUGCAAAAUGUUUAAUUGUCUUUCAAUGACUUCGCUGACUUGUUAAAUGAAUUUCUUAUUUGAAAUUUAAAUUGAUUUCGGGAGGGCACCAUAAAAUGUAAACGAACAAUUUUAUUAGACUUAAAAUGUAAAUAUUUUGGGGCUAUAAUUUAAGCCAAGCGGAAUGAAUGAAUAAAAUUAUAUCCCUUUUGUUUUCGGAGACAAACAAAC